AAAAAUAACCGCGAACGCAGUUAUAUAAUUUAUAAAAAAAAAAAGUUAUUUAAUUUAACAAAAUACAGAACACAUCAAAGAAAAUGUCAGCCGCUACAGAACAAAAUAAUGGUGAUGUCGCCGUUGAGAAAGUUGCCGCCGAUGCCGUGGAUGCGGCAGCAGCCGUGAAGGAAGAUCUCAAAAAGCCUGCCGUCGACGAAAAAGUAGUGGCCGCCGACAAUGGUACAGCGUCCAAGGAAGAUGCCGAUGAGGAGGAUGCACCCGAUUCCGUCAAAGUAGCCGUCGCCCCCGUCAAGGAACAAGUGAAAGGAACAAAACGGCCUGCUGAAGUAAGUACAAUACAUAUUAAAAAAAAAAAAAAUACACAUAGAGAGAUAAAUUAAUAGUUCACUGUCAGG